CACUUAAUCACUCAUUUCCUCGAAGUUGAAUCUUUCUUCUUCUGCUGCUCCCCUGGAUCCUUUCACCGCUUCUCCUUCCCCAUGGCCUCUCCUCUCCACGACUCCCCAAACGCCGCCGUGAACGGCACUUCCGCCGUCGAAGCUAAAUCUCGUCUUCCCAAGAGAUCCAGAUUGCACGCCGACUCAUCACCACCGUUGUUUACUCCAUCCGAUAUACUCUCCGAAUUCUCCCACCACGACCCAACCGUCGCUCGCAUCAACAACGGCAGUUUCGGCAGCUGUCCUUCCUCCGUCGUCUCCGCCCAACACGACUUCCAGCUGCAGUGGCUCCAACAGCCCGACGAUUUCUACUUCAACCAGCUCCAGCCCAAAAUCCUCCAAUCGCGAACCAUCAUCAAGGACCUCAUCAACGCCGACCACGUCGAUGAGGUCUCCAUCGUCGACAACGCCACCACCGCCGCCGCCAUCGUGCUGCAGCAAAUGGCUUGGGGAUUCGCCGAGGGGAAAUUCAACCAUGGGGAUGCCGCCGUCAUGCUUCACUACGCUUACGGUGCUGUCAAGAAGUCCGUCGAGGCUUAUGUCACACGCGCAGGCGGGUGUGUUUUCGAGGUCCCUUUGCCUUUUCCCGCUAACUCUGUAGAUGAAAUUGUACAUGAAUUUAGACAAGCAUUACAGAGAGGGAAACAAAAUGGGAGAAGGGUAAGAUUAGCUGUUAUCGAUCAUGUUACUUCCAUGCCUACCGUAGUAAUUCCCGUUAAAGAAUUGGUCACUAUCUGUAGAGAAGAAGGCGUUGACCAGGUUUUCGUUGACGCCGCUCACGGAAUCGGGUGCGUCGAUGUCGAUAUGAAACAAAUCGGAGCUGAUUUCUACACUAGUAAUUUGCACAAGUGGUACUUUUGCCCACCAUCUGUUGCCUUUUUGUACUGUAAAAGGUCUAUAAACAACUCCGACUUGCACCAUCCCGUUGUUUCGCACGAGUACGGCAAUGGAUUAGCUAUCGAAAGUGCUUGGAUAGGAACCAGAGAUUAUAGUGCUCAGUUGGUAGUUCCAAAGGCUUUGGAGUUCAUCAAUAGAUUUGAAGACGGGAUCGAUGGGAUCAAGAAAAGGAACCAUGAAUCUGUUGUCGAGAUGGGGAAGAUGUUGGUUGAAGCAUGGGGAACUCAUCUCGGUUGUCCUCCGGAGAUGUGUUCGAGCAUGGUUAUGGUCGGUUUACCUGCUUAUUUGGGGAUUUCGAGUGACCGCGAUGCUUUGAACUUGAGGACAUGUUUAAGGGAAAAGUUCGGUGUUGAAGUUCCGAUAUAUUAUCGAUCACCCAAGGAUGGGGAGGAUGGUGUAGUAACGGGGUAUGCAAGAAUCUCUUAUCAAGUUUACAACAAGGUUGAGGAUUAUUACAAGUUUAGGGAUGCAAUCAAUCAACUUGUUCACAAUGCAUUCACUUGUGCUUCUCUUCCCAAUUCAUAAGACUACUGCUCUUGCUCUACUUGUGUGCAGCUGAAGUAGUAGUAUUUCCUCGUCCACCGGAAUAAGAGCCGGCCAGCCAGCCUGCGAUGGCCAUCGGCAUGGUUUCGGUACCAUGCAGAAUCUUGAUUACUUGUAUGAAAUGUCAAACGCAAACAUGUUCUGCUUUGCUUUGCCUUUUUUUGCAACUCUCAUGGGUCUAGUAUUUGCCUUUCUUUCCAAUUCGGAACCUGUAGAUAUCUGUUAGUAUUUGCCUCUCCAAACACAAUAAUCUUAUGAUGGUGAAUCCGUUAAACGAAUCCGGUUAGUGUUA